AGUGUCCAUUAGACCAAAGGCCCCUUGUUGCUUGAGCCUCUCCUCCUCUGCUGGCAAACUCUCCGCUUCAUUCUCCACAAUGAUCACAAUGUCGUCGUUGUCAACAUUCUCAGUUUUUGCUUCCAUGUUUCUUUAUCAAGACUGACCACCCAAAUUCAGGAUUUCACAUUAAGCGGACCUGCACUAUGGAGUUAACAGCCGAGAGACACUCUAUUCCUCUAAGUGAUGGAAAUAAAAUCCCGCUGAUUGGACUAGGGACGUACGCGAAUCCCCGUCAGACCCCUAAAGGAACUGCAUAUAACGCUGUGAAAGUGGCAAUUGAAACGGGUUACAGACACAUUGAUGGAGCUAUGGUCUAUUUUAAUGAGGAUGAGGUGGGACAAGCCAUAAGGGACAAGAUUGCAGAUGGGACUGUGAAGCGAGAGGACAUUUUUUACUGUGGAAAGCUCUGGAAUACAUUUCAUCCACCUCAUCUUGUUCGUCCAACUUUGGAAAAAACGUUAGAAUUGCUGAAGUUGGACUUUGUUGAUCUUUAUAUUGUGGAGAUGCCCACUGCUUUCAAGAUUCUCACUGAAGGCAUCAAAACUACAAAUGACAUACAACCUGGAGAUACAUACUACCCCAAAGAUGACAAUGGAAAAUAUUUAUAUCAUGAAACAGACCUACGGGCUACAUGGGAGGCCAUGGAGGCAUGCAAGGACGCUGGACUGGUGAAAUCUCUCGGUGUGUCAAACUUUAACAAGCGGCAGUUGGAGUUAAUCCUUACCAAACCUGGUCUUAAGCACAGGCCAGUGUUAAAUCAGGUUGAAUGCCAUCCCUAUUUUACUCAGCCAAAGUUACUGGAGUACUGUCGUCAAAACAGUAUUGUGAUAGUGGGAUACAGCCCUCUGGGGACAUCCAGAGACCCAGCAUGGGUAAAUCUCAAAUGCCCCCCAAUGUUGGAGGAUGAAGUGCUUGUAUCUAUUGCUAAAAAGCACAAUAAGACCACAGCUCAGGUGGCCUUGAGGUUCAAUGUCCAAAGAGGAGUAGUGGUCAUCCCCAAAAGUUUCAACACUGCUCGAAUAAAAGAAAACUUUGAGAUAUUUGAUUUCUGUCUUUCUGAGGAUGAGAUGAAGACGAUAGAGGGCCUGAACAAGAACAUACGUUUUGUUGAGCUGCUCAUGUGGGCUGACCAUCCAGAGUAUCCAUUUCAUGAUGACUACUGAGCUCUAGUCCAUGAUGUCCUCUUUGCACCAAUUUGAUUCCUGCCAGAAAUGUAAAGGGAUUUUAUUUACAACUGUCAUUAUUGAAAAAAUACAAUAUAUAAUAUACUUUUUCAUGUAUAUAUAUUGCAAUUGUAUUGUUACAAUUGUGAGACAAAAUUAUGCAUUUUUUAAUAUUAUUCACUGUGAAAUACUUUAUGAACAUGU